AUGCAAUCCAGAAUGCAAGGCCAAAGAACCCUUCAACUGCGACAAAACUCUUGCAUUCAACCGAAAUGGAUUUCCCAAAAAAAUUUUACUUUUGGUGCAGCUACCUCUGCAUACCAGGUUGAAGGUGCAGCACAUAGAGCACUUAAUGGAUGGGACUAUUUCACUCAUAGAUAUCCAGAAAGAGUUUCAGAUCGCAGUAUAGGAGACCUUGCUUGUAAUUCGUAUGAUCUUUAUAAGGAUGAUGUUAAACUACUAAAAAGAAUGAACGUUCAAGCAUACCGAUUCUCAAUAGCAUGGUCAAGGGUCUUACCAAAGGGCAGACUAAUUGGAGGAGUCGACGAGAAUGGGAUCACAUACUACAACAAUCUCAUUAACGAGUUGAAAGCAAAUGGCAUAGAACCAUUUGUGACUAUAUUUCAUUGGGAUGUUCCUCAAGACUUUAGAAGACGAAUAUGGAGGCUUCUUAAGCCCACGUAUAGUGACUUCAAAAAUUACGCUGAGCUUCUAUUCCAAAGAUUCGGAGACAGAGUUAAAUUUUGGAUCACAUUAAAUCAGCCGUACUCUCUCGCUGUCAAAGGUUAUGGAGAUGGACAGUAUCCACCGGGAAGGUGCACUGACUGUGAAUUUGGAGGAGAUUCUGGAACUGAACCUUAUAUAGUUGGACAUCACGAACUUCUGGCUCAUAUGGAAGCUGUAUCUUUAUACCGAAAAAGAUAUCAGAAAUUUCAAGGUGGUAAGAUAGGAACGACAUUGAUCGGUAGAUGGUUCAUCCCACUAAAUGAAACUAACGAUCUCGACAAGGCUGCUGCAAAACGAGAAUUCGAUUUUUCCGUUCUUGGAUCCACUGGUGUACGGACAAUAUCCAAAGAUAAUGAGAGACUAGGAGAUAGAUUGCCAAAAUUCACGCCCAAGCAAUCAGCUUUACUUAAAGGAUCACUUGAUUUUCUAGGGUUGAACUAUUACGUUACAAGAUAUGCAACCUACAGACCUCCUCCAAUGCCGACACAACAUAGUGUCUUAACCGAUUCAGGAGUUACAAUUGGAUUUGAGCGAAAUGGAGUUUCUAUUGGUGUUAAGGCUAGUAUCAACUUUGAUGUGAAAGAUUUACGACAUUUAGUUGAUUUUUUUUUAUUUGUCGAGCUUCUCCUACUAUCCACCAGGAUUCCGUCAGAUUCUAAAUCACAUCAAAAACAAGUACAAGAAUCCAUUAACCUACAUCACCGAAAACGGAGUUGCUGAUGCUGAUCGCAAAUGCUCUUGCCGAUAAUGGACGAAUUCAAUUUCAAUGCAGCCAUCUUUCUUGUCUCAAAUGCGCAAUUGAGGAUGGAUGCAACGUAGCAGGAUAUUUUGCAUGGUCAUUGAUGGACAAUUAUGAAUUCGGAAAUGGUUACACUCUCCGGUUUGAUAUGAAUUGGGUCAACUUCACUAAUCCUGCUGAUCGAAGAGAAAAAGCUUCUGGAAAAUGGUUCUCUAGGUUCAUUGCAAAAUAAGUGGAAGCCAUAGAUAUACAUCAAUUACAUGUGUUUAAGUUUGAAUGUAAU